GGCUGUCCGGGACUUCCGGGGCCAGUGUGGCACAUCUGCAGUGGACAUGGAUUCCGGAUACGAGCGUCCGAGAAGCAUGACGCCUUUGUGUUACAAGGAGCAGUACACCAACUGCACCCUCAGCUACAGACAGCUUUCCUGCCCCGAGCCUUGA